AUGGCUUUGAACUUCCGAAAGGCUCCCCGCGCAUUGGGCGCUCUGCGUCCUCUUGCUGCCACGCCAGUUAGAUAUGCCCCAAUUACACGACGAACAUACUCUACCGCCGAACCCGACCUCAAGACAACGCUCAAGGAGGUGAUCCCUGCCAAGCGCGAGCUGUUCAAGAAGGUCAAGGCCCACGGCUCCAAGGUCAUUGGCGAGGUCAAGGUUGAGAACACAAUUGGUGGUAUGCGCGGCCUCAAGGCCAUGGUAUGGGAGGGUUCCGUGCUCGAUGCCAACGAGGGUAUUCGCUUCCACGGCCGCACCAUCAAGGACUGCCAAAAGGAGCUGCCCAAGGGCAAGACCGGCACCGAGAUGCUUCCCGAGGCCAUGUUCUGGCUUUUGCUUACUGGCAAAGUGCCCUCUGUCAACCAGACCCGCCAGUUCUCGCGUGAGCUCGCCGAGCAAGGCCAGCUCCCAGACUUUGUCACCAAGCUGCUUGACAACUUCCCCAAGGACCUCCACCCAAUGACCCAAUUUGCCAUUGCUGUUUCCGCCUUGAACUACACAUCCAAGUUUGCCAAGGCGUACGAGGAGGGCCUCAACAAGGCCGAUUACUGGGAGCCUACCUUUGACGACUGCAUCUCUCUUCUCGCCAAAUUGCCCACUAUCGCGGCCAAGAUCUACCAAAACUCCUACAAGGGUGGCGGUGCUCUUCCCGCCGAGAUCGACCUCGAGCAAGAUUGGUCCUACAACUUCGCCGCCAUGCUCGGCAAGGGCGGCAAGGAGAACGAGAACUUCCAAGACCUCCUCCGUCUCUACCUCGCCCUCCACGGUGACCACGAAGGCGGUAACGUUUCGGCCCAUACCACCCACCUGGUUGGUAGCGCACUGAGCGACCCCUUUCUUAGCUACAGCGCCGGUCUCCAGGGUCUCGCCGGCCCCCUCCACGGCCUCGCCGCCCAGGAAGUCCUCCGCUGGAUCAUCCAGAUGAAGGAGGCCAUCCCCGCUAACUACACCGAAGACGACAUCCACGACUACCUCUGGUCCACCCUCAACAGCGGCCGUGUCGUGCCUGGUUACGGCCACGCCGUGCUCCGUAAGCCGGACCCACGCUUCGAGGCCCUGAUGGACUACGCUGCUGCCCGCCCCGAGAUCGCCGCCGACCCAGUCUUCCAGCUUGUGGAGAAGAACAGCCGCAUUGCGCCUGAGGUGCUGAAGAAGCAUGGAAAGACCAAGAACCCCUACCCCAAUGUGGACUCUAGCUCUGGUGUGCUGUUCCACCACUACGGCUUCCACGAGACGCUGUACUAUACCGCCACUUUUGGCGUCAGCAGAGGAUUGGGCCCGUUGGCGCAGCUGAUCUGGGAUCGGGCGUUGGGUCUGCCCAUUGAGAGGCCUAAGAGCAUCAAUUUGGAGGGGUUGUUGAAGCAAGUUGAGGGGCAGUAG